AUGUCUGCUGCUCACUGCUUCUCCAGUACCAACACAAAUAGAUGGCAGGUUUCCCUUGGUCGUCAGAACCUGCAGGGCACAAACCCAAACGAAGUGACCAGAACUGUUGCCAGAAUCAUUUUGCAUCCAAACUAUGACAGCAACACCAACAACAACGACAUUGCUCUGCUCAAACUCUCCUCACCAGUCAAAUUCACGGACUACAUCAGACCUGUGUGUCUGGCAGCCAGCAGCAGUGUUUUCAACAAUGGCACUGAUAGCUGGGUCACUGGCUGGGGUGCAGUCAAGGAGGGAGUGUCAUUACCGUUCCCUGAAACUCUACAAGAGGUGGAGGUGCCAGUUCUGGGAAACAGACAGUGUAACUGUCUCAAUGGAGUCGGCACAGUCACAGACAACAUGAUCUGUGCUGGUGUUCUGGCAGGAGGCAAGGACUCAUGUCAGGGUGACUCGGGAGGUCCAAUGGUGAACAAGCAGGGCGAUGUGUGGGUCCAGUCUGGAAUCGUUAGUUUUGGUUUUGGCUGUGCUCGGCCCAAUCUGCCAGGAGUCUACUCCAGAGUGUCCAGUUACACGUACUGGAUCAACUCCCAUAUCACGUCUGAUAAGCCAGGCUUUGUCCAGUUCGCCUCAAGUGGGCUGGAUGCUGACAGCAGCUACACCUGUCCUGGUCUGCCACCUCCUGUCAUAACUAUUACUACUACUGAUGCUACUGCAGGAUCAGAUAUUACAACAUCAGAUCCAGUAUCCAUGUGUGGCAUCACUCCACUGAACAUACGGAUAGUUGGAGGUGAAGAUGCUCCAGCAGGAAGUUGGCCCUGGCAGGUUAGUCUGCAGAGAUUUGGCAGCCAUGUUUGUGGUGGUUCCCUCAUCAACAGUGAGUGGGUGAUGUCUGCUGCUCACUGCUUCUCCAGUACCAACACAAAUAGAUGGCAGGUUUCCCUUGGUCGUCAGAACCUGCAGGGCACAAACCCAAACGAAGUGACCAGAACUGUUGCCAGAAUCAUUUUGCAUCCAAACUAUGACAGCAACACCAACAACAACGACAUUGCUCUGCUCAAACUCUCCUCACCAGUCAAAUUCACGGACUACAUCAGACCUGUGUGUCUGGCAGCCAGCAGCAGUGUUUUCAACAAUGGCACUGAUAGCUGGGUCACUGGCUGGGGUGCAGUCAAGGAGGGAGUGUCAUUACCGUUCCCUGAAACUCUACAAGAGGUGGAGGUGCCAGUUCUGGGAAACAGACAGUGUAACUGUCUCAAUGGAGUCGGCACAGUCACAGACAACAUGAUCUGUGCUGGUGUUCUGGCAGGAGGCAAGGACUCAUGUCAGGGUGACUCAGGAGGUCCAAUGGUGAACAAGCAGGGCGAUGUGUGGGUCCAGUCUGGAAUCGUUAGUUUUGGUUUUGGCUGUGCUCGGCCCAAUCUGCCAGGAGUCUACUCCAGAGUGUCCAGUUACACGUCCUGGAUCAACUCCCAUAUCACGUCUGAUAAGCCAGGCUUUGUCCAGUUCGCCUCAAGUGGGCUGGAUGCUGACAGCAGCUACACCUGUCCUGGUCUGCCACCUCCUGUCAUAACUAUUACUACUACUGAUGCUACUGCAGGAUCAGAUAUUACAACAUCAGAUCCAGUAUCCAGCAUGUCAAGUGCUGAAUUGUGUGGCAUCACUCCACUGAACAUACGGAUAGUUGGAGGUGAAGAUGCUCCAGCAGGAAGUUGGCCCUGGCAGGUUAGUCUGCAGAGAUUUGGCAGCCAUGUUUGUGGUGGUUCCCUCAUCAACAGUGAGUGGGUGAUGUCUGCUGCUCACUGCUUCUCCAGUACCAACACAAAUAGAUGGCAGGUUUCCCUUGGUCGUCAGAACCUGCAGGGCACAAACCCAAACGAAGUGACCAGAACUGUUGCCAGAAUCAUUUUGCAUCCAAACUAUGACAGCAACACCAACAACAACGACAUUGCUCUGCUCAAACUCUCCUCACCAGUCAAAUUCACGGACUACAUCAGACCUGUGUGUCUGGCAGCCAGCAGCAGUGUUUUCAACAAUGGCACUGAUAGCUGGGUCACUGGCUGGGGUGCAGUCAAGGAGGGAGUGUCAUUACCGUUCCCUGAAACUCUACAAGAGGUGGAGGUGCCAGUUCUGGGAAACAGACAGUGUAACUGUCUCAAUGGAGUCGGCACAGUCACAGACAACAUGAUCUGUGCUGGUGUUCUGGCAGGAGGCAAGGACUCAUGUCAGGGUGACUCGGGAGGUCCAAUGGUGAACAAGCAGGGCGAUGUGUGGGUCCAGUCUGGAAUCGUUAGUUUUGGUUUUGGCUGUGCUCGGCCCAAUCUGCCAGGAGUCUACUCCAGAGUGUCCAGUUACACGUCCUGGAUCAACUCCCAUAUCACGUCUGAUAAGCCAGGCUUUGUCCAGUUCGCCUCAAGUGGGCUGGAUGCUGACAGCAGCUACACCUGUCCUGUCCUGUCAGCUUCAACAACGACAAGACCAAUUACACCUGCCCAAAUUGUAACCAGUCCGGCAAGGUCAGUAUGCGGUGUUGCCCCAAUGAACAGUCGUGUGGUAGGUGACAGUGGUGUUGUACCUGAGGGGACGUGGCCCUGGAUGGUUAGCCUCCACAAAAAUGGGAUCUACACUUGUGGGGGAACCCUGAUUGCUGACAGCUUUGUCCUCACUUCUGCCCAAUGUUUCUCUACCCCCAAUCCAAACGUCAGUGAGUGGAGUGUGUUUUUGGGUCAGCGACGUGUGGGUGACUCAGAAGAGUUUGAGAUGUCUUCAGCUGUUGUGAAAAUUACAGUGACAAAAAUGACCGGCUCCAAUAUUGCACUGCUGCAGCUAGCUAAAACAGUCAGCUACAGUGAUUAUAUCCAGCCUUUGUGUGUGGACAUUAGCAAUGCCAGAUCUUUCCCUGUUGGAAGUCAGUGCUGGGUGGCAGGCUGGGGUAAGGGAUUCAAAAGCACAGGCACUGUUAGAGCUGGCACAAGUCUUCGAGACCUUGAAACUCAAGUAACAAAUUGUGAGAAUGUUUCUGACACAGAGAACAUUUGCACGUAUUCUAUGGAGAUUCAGCAGGAGGAUCAGGGUGGCCCUCUGUUAUGCAAGUCAGAUUCAUCAUGGUUCCAGGUGGCCGUUGUAACUACUGGUGGAAGCAAAUCUGUCCGUGCAGACAUUCAAAUCUUUGUCAAAACUUCAAAAUUUGGGUCAUUCUUAAAGGAGACAGUGGGCGACAUGCCAUCUCCUGCUGCCACGGGAGGUACAGCAGGUUUCUCCUCGUCCUCAUUCCUGUCCUUCUUUGUCCCCAUUACCUCCAUGUUCCUGUUGUCCAGCUUUUAA